UUUUCUAAAUUAGUAUUUUUGUUUCUAAACCGAUGUAUUGAUAUUUGAUAUAGAACUUCACAAUUUUUUUUUUGCGACUCCCGCAUUGUCGUUUUUCGUUUUUGUCCUUAGGUUUGAUGAUUUUAGAUUUGUGGAGUCUUAAUUUAAUAUUCCAAAAUAAUAAGACGUUUGUAUUCGGUUUCAACAACGAGGAGAAAAUAAUAUGAAGUUCAUAAAAGGAAAGAGACCACAAAAUGGCCAAUCAGGACGUACUAAAGCUUUUCAAUCUCUUCUGCAAGGGGGUACUCGUAAUCGUUUACGUGUAGCAGCAGCUAAUAAAGCAGCCAAGAUGAAACGUUUAAAAGCCGUUCAAAAACACUCUACAAAUGGCAAACUUAACAAUAAAAAUAGGAUGUCUAAGAAUAAUGCUAGAGUAGCAAUUAAUGUGGUUGAUGCUCGUGUUAAACUUUUGCAAAAAGCUUUAGAAAAACCAACAGUGAUAGUAGACGCUAGACAAAAGUUAACAAAUCAAAAAGAUGCUCGUGAAAAGAUCCAGGAACGUCGUUUACAUUCGACAUCAUAUGAUACACUACAAGAUAUAGGCACAUCAAGAGGCCAUUCCAAUAACUUAGGUCGAGUAAAAAUUGACCGUCGUGGUAUUCUUACUGUCAAGUCUAUUUUGGAUGAAAGAGCAUCUUCACAUCAUUCUAGUUAUAGAGAAAGACGACCAGACAGACUGCCUUCUGUAAAUCAAGGACGUUUUGAUACUGUAGAAAAAAGACGCAGCAGCAAUACUUUCAAUUCAGAGCUGAAUACAUUUAGAAGUGACAGACCUAUUGAAGAAAUUAGACCGGUGAGACGGGAUAUGAGAAUAUCAAGACGUCCAAUUCCAAAUACACAGUCUAUGAGACGACCGCCAGAGCGUCCUACAAGACCAAUGAGAAUUAAUGAUAAACCAUAUAAUAGACCUAUGGCAAUGGAUUAUGAGGAUUCAAUGGAAUGGGAAGAUACAAAUAGAUAUUCUCCAGCACCAGUAAUGAGACGGAAUGUAGGAAACACAAUGUUCAAUCAUGAUGGAUAUCAAGAUGAUUUAUCAGAUAGAAAUUCAAGAAAUCAUAGAGGAUUGAGUGAAACGUUACGUUCAAGAUUGGACUCUCAUCAAGUAGCCUUAGCUAAACGUUCACGACCACCUAUAGGCCAUAAAAUUAUUAUAUCCAACUUAGAACCAUCAGUGACAUGUGAAGAUAUAAGAGAACUUUUUGCGGAUAUAGGGGAUUUAUUAGAUUCUAAAGUGAUUCGACCGGGUGUUGCUGAAGUGAUUUAUAAUCGCCGUGCUGAUGCUAUUCAAGCAGUAGAUGUAUAUCACAACCGACAGCUGGAUGGCAGGCCUAUGAAAUGUGACAUGGUGAGGAAUGCUGGUUCUAACACUGGGCCAAUAUCUGUAUCUGGAACAAGUCGUAGAAUGCCUUCACGUGGUGCUGAUAUGUAUAAACCAUCAGCGUAUGUCGGUUAUGAUUUAGAUGCAGUACAUUCUGCAUUAUUUAAUAAAUAAAAUAUUUGUCUAAACCAUCAAUGUAUGCAAUUUUACUAAAUUCAUAUAUCACAUUUUUUUUUGUAACAAUUUAUAACUCACAUUUCACAAAAAUGCAGAUGUGUAUUUUAAAAUUAUAUUUUUUUUCUCCAAAAUUCAAUAAAAUUAAAAUUUAUAAAUAUAUUAUG